CGCGCUCAUAUAACCUAACAAAUUGUUUAUUUUUCAACUUAAUAUUUAUUAUGAAAAUCUAGUUUUUAUUCUGUAAAAUGUUUCAGUCAGCGAUUAAACGAAUUAUUACAACAUAUAAUUAUAAGACUCUUAGGAUGAUAAUGCCGUUACAAGUUAAACAAAUACAUCUAACGUCAGGUUUAUGGCAUGGAGAAUAUGAGUGGCAGGAUCCCAAAUCAGAAGACGAAAUAGUAAAUGUUGUGUACAUAGAUAAAGAUGGCAAAAAGACGAAUGUUAGAGGCAAAGUCGGAGACAAUAUUCUAUAUUUAGCUCAUAGAUACGGUAUAGAAAUGGAAGGUGCCUGCGAGGCAUCAUUGGCAUGUACAACCUGUCAUGUGUAUGUAAAUCAUGAUUACCUUGACAAGUUACCACCAUCUGAGGAAAAGGAGGAUGAUCUAUUAGAUAUGGCGCCAUUUUUAAAAGAAAAUUCUAGAUUAGGUUGUCAAAUAGUGCUUACAAAAGAACUAGAGGGCAUAGAGCUAACUUUACCAAAGGCAACUCGUAACUUCUAUGUAGAUGGACACAAGCCUACACCACACUAAGAACAAAGUUAUCUGUUGUUCUAAUUUAAGUGUUGAUUUUGUUUCACGUUAGAUCCCAUAACAACUAUUAGUCUUGCAUAGUUUGCAAACUAACUAGUCCGGAAGAAUGAUCCUAAUUGUUUCAAUUGAAGGUUUUGGGCUAUUGGCCGGUGUUAAGACUUGUAGCACUGACCACACAUAGAUCUGCUCACCCUUUUUCAGAGUUCACUAGGACCAGUCAGGAACAAGAAUUGAAGGAUAUUCUUAGGAGUGAUGGUUUUUAUCACCUCAGGAUAUAGUGUAUACUUUCCAAAGGAUAUCUCUUAAUGACUAAGUUCAUGUAUUUGUGAGUCUUCAGUUUCUAAGUUCAUUUUAAACAUAC